GUUUAUUAUUGUGAGAAGAUUCCAUGUUGUUAAUUCUUCAAUUCGCUCCGGCAGUGUCACGCGUUAUCAGUUAACAUGUAUAUUAAGUGAGAAACUCACUAAUUUUUCAUCUCGCCGUGUAGUAUUGUGCUAGUAUUUACCUGAUUUCCCCCCAUUUGCCGAGCAUAUUCGUUCGAGCAACGAUAUUUUCCGUGACGAAAAAUUUUUCUGUAUUCUGAAAUGCUCCCAUCAGUCUCUAUGUAUUUUUUCCAAGAGAAAGAUUCGAAAGAUGGUACGGCGUUGUUGUGAAAUUAUCUUCCUUAUCAUUGUGGAUUUAACAAUCAGUUACAGUCAUAAAUACUCCUGUGACGAAUGGAUCGCCACAAUCACCAAUGAGACCAAUAUUGAAAGUAACAAUUAUUGUUCUCAAUAUGAUAAUUCGGUAUACUGCACUGGGAACUUGGAGGCAAUUCAGGAUUUAAAGCUGAAAAUGGUGGAAAAUUUAUGGAUUUGUCGUUUUCCCAACAAAACAUUUGAUCCCUAUCAAAUCCUCAGGCGAUUUACAAAUUUAAAAAUGCUCCGAAUUAACUACAGCAAUUUUACAUACUUCAGCAAUGAUUUCCCCGAAUUGAAGCAUUUGGAAAUUGUUAAUGUAACAAAUACAGCAAUGGCCUAUACUCGACCUACGCUAUUUCGGAAAUUGCCAUCACUUCGCUACCUCGACUUGAGGGGAAAUUGUUUGGAUCACAUGGAGGGACCUUUGAUACUAAAUAGUGGAUUUAAGAAAAUGUACCUCUCAGGAAAUAAAUGGAAUUGUACGAGAAAUAUGAAAUGGUUGCUGACUUAUGAUGAGAAUGGUCGUGGUCAGAGGGUGGCAGACAGAGAAUUGAUGCGUUGUGUGGAUUUUAAGUAUUCAGGAAGACCCCUCCUAGCUGUAAUGGACUUCAAAUUGCAAAUGCGACAGCAAUGUGGGCAUCCCAACAUUAAAAAUUGUUCCUGUGUCUUGCACUACAUAAGACCCAGUGAUGAUGGACAGUACCUAAUACCAAUGGUAACGGUCAACUGUAGUCAUCGAGGAUUUAUGGAUCUACCUGAUUUUCUGCCAAAGAACACGACGAUCCUUCAUAUAACGCACAAUAAGAUCACCAGCGUUGAAAUGUUAAGGACAAAUCCCAUUUACUUGGAAGUACACGACGUAUUUGUUGACUACAACCAAAUACAUUCAAUAGACUUCCUGGAGGCUUCACGAUGGCUCAACAAUUUCCGUGUCUUCAGCUUGAAGGGCAACAAACUAACGAAAUUUUCCAGUCACAUCUUGGAUAAUGCACUGGAAAGGAAUCACAAUGCAAUAAAAUUGCAUUUAAGUGAAAACCCCUGGAGAUGUGAUUGUGUCUUUACACCCCACUUCCAAGAGCUUCUCAUGAAGUAUCACACAAUUAUUAAAGACUACACUAAUAUUACGUGCAAAUACAUUGAGGGUGAUAGCAAUUUCCGCACAUCUGUGAUUACAUUAAACCGCGGUGAUGUAUGCAAACUUCCGUCUGAGUAUCGCAUUCAACCGAUUGAGCUGUUGAAUGGCAUUCUAGCUAGCCUGAUUAUCCUUGUUCUUGGGAAACUUGCAUUUGACUAUUAUCACUACAAACGGUACGGAAGGGUACCAUGGAUAGUUACUAAACUACCCUAAUUUAUUAUUUGUUUUAGUAAACAUUUUUAAGAAAUUAAAAGAAAAGACGACAAGAUCGGUAAAUUGUUGCUGUAAAGUCGGAUCUAAAGGCUUGCAUCAUCUACGUACUGAGUGAGGCCCCUAUAAGGGUCUUUUAUACACCCUCCAACAUUAAAAUUAAUGUAUUAUAAUAUUGAGGCAUUUAUUUAAUUUAGUGACCUCAGUUGCAAAAAUGUCCUUCUCAAGGGAUAAUUGAGAUCGUUGCUGUGAAUGUUUCAGUAAAAUUCAGUAUUAAAGAUUUUUUUUUUAGUAUUAUAUAUUUAUUUCACAUAUUUAUUACAACAUAAUGUAUGUAUAUAACAUACACAUAAUAUUUUUAUUUAAUAAUUUUGGUAUUUUAUUCAAAGCAGACAGAUUGAUUUUCCUCGCCUAAAAUUCAGUAGCUGCUAACUGUCUAAUAUUUAAAAAUUAAAACAAGCAGUACUGUAACAGUUAUGAUCUAGAUCUACAAAUAAACUAAAUUGCUAAACUGGAAUACAACUUUGGUGCAUUAAAAUUGUAGCGUGAAAUUUCCUAAAUUGCACACAAGGAUCUAAGAAGUUUUGGGAUCUAACCUACACUAGGACACGUCUUUAAUAGUUAUACUGGAGUAGUGACUUUGGGUGGAAUGUGUUGUAGAAUAAAAUAAUGAUUAAAAAAUUAAGUCCAACAUGUGAAUACUCAAAACUUUUUUUUGUUCUACUAUCUAUACGGAUAUUUGACUAAAAAAUAUAUUCGGGAAUUCUUAAGUAUAAUCUCUUGCUUUUCUUUAUGAGUUUUUCACAGAUAUGAUUAUAGAUUUUGUAAAUUAAAAAAAAACAUAAUGCAUGCUACCUGUAUAUAACUAUGUUAUUAUACCAGAGUCUGAGCAUAGGUUGUUUUCUAUUACGACCUUUUCUAAUUUUUAUUUUUUUUUUAAUUUUCAAGCCCCUUUAAUUAAAAAAAAAAACAAUUUUUUCCCAGAAUAAUGAGCAUUUUGAAUAAAUAAAAUAUAAAAAUAAAUAAAUGUCAAUAAAAUAAUUAAAUAUAAACUAUUUAGAGUAAAAUAACAGAAUGAUCACGUUCAAGUCGUUUUUUUGCAAUCAAAGAAAUAUUUCCCAUUGCAUCUGCCGGAGGUGGAAGACCUUUGUGGGCAAGUACUGGUUGUUUGUAAAAAAUAUUCAUAUCUCCACAUUGAUAGCCAUAUAGAAUAGAAUCUUCGCAUCUAGAAUAAAUUCAAAUAUUAAUUAUUAUUUUGUUAAAAAAAUUAUUUUGUAAAAAAAAUAAUUUUCUUAAAUUAAAUUUUACCUGAUAAUUGUUUCUGU